AUGAUAAGUAAAAGUGAAUCCUAUACUUCAGGGCAGGAAUCUGUGACCAACUCAACCUGGCUGAUUUAUAUAUUAAAAGAAUGGAUUGGCAUGGACUACCACUAUCCAAACUAUAUGGGCUCCUUCUUGUGUGUGUCACUCAUAAUACUAUUUUUUCCUCAUUUACUCUGGUUUAUCAUUUGUGUCUUUUGUAAUAUUUGCCUUCACAUUUACAAGAGAAAGAACGGCCUAGAUGAUGAUUUUUCCAAUAAAUUGUGGGACAAUGGAAGGCUAAUGGUGUCACGCAUAAUUAGUAUGUAUGGAAAGCUAUGGCACGGUUAUGAAGUUCAUGGUAUAGAAAAAAUACCAGAAGGACCGGGGCUUAUUGUUUAUUACCAUGGAGCCACUUCUGUAGACUACCACUUCUUUGUCUGUAAUCUCUAUAUACAGACGGGCAGAGUCUCCUAUUCAGUAGUUGACCGUGCCUUGCGUAUGAUACCAGGCCUACAACUGUAUCUUAAACUGCUUACUGCAGUGUAUGAGGGGAGAGAACAAUGUGUUGAAAUUCUGAAGAAAGGCAACUUAUUGGGUGUUGCACCGGGUGGAGCUCGAGAAUCAUUCUUUAGUGAUGAAAACUACGGUGUCUUGUGGGGUAAUCGUAAAGGUUUUGCUCAAGUGGCCAUAGAUGCAAAAGUGCCCAUCAUCCCUUUGUUUACUCAGAAUAUUCGGGAAAGCUGUAGAUCACUUGGAACAACAUGGUUUAUUAGGUGGUUGAAUGGACGUUUUCAAUUGCCAGUCGUUCCUGCAUAUGGAGGGUUCCCAGUCAAACUUCGCACAUAUAUUGGAGAUCCCAUUCCCUAUGAUCCAAAUAUAACAGUUACGGAACUAGUUGAAAAGACAAAGAUUGCCAUCGAAGCGCUAAGAGACAGACACCAAAAACUACCAGGAAAUAUAUUAAGGGCUCUAUCGGAACGAUUUGAUAAACAUCAGAAAGAUGACUAG